AUGGAUGUCUAUAAUGCAAGCUGCGAUGAGAAACAACCAACCUGUACCAAGUGUGCAGAUCGCAGAGAUACAUGUCACUACAGUGCCUCUGGAUCUUGGCUCUGGACAAAGCCUACCUAUGCCGGACACAGCUCCGCGAAGUACAUCAAAGCCGCUGAAUACCAUCAAAGCAAAGCCAUCAACUCAUUCACAUGUACGAGCGAGCUGAAAGCCCAGGAACAAGUCAUUGGGAGCUUCGCAUUCUCCAGUCUAUUGAUCAGCUUCGCGUUCGCCUUCCCGCUCGCCGUCCCGGCUUCAACGCCCAAGUCGUCCGAUCCACUCGACGAGAUAAUCCAGAUCACCACACUCGCAAGAUCAAUGAUGAACUUCUCCACACCUCUUUUAACAGGGAGCAAGUCCGACGAAAUUGGCCAAUUGACAUAA